AUGAUAAAUUAAGAUAGUGCAGAUUUAGACAUAUAACAAGAAGGAUUUGAUUUUUAAAAAUUAUUUGACAAAAAAUUUACAAAUUGUGAACCUUAAAAAGAAGAGGUUCAUAAAAUUAAUUAGACUGAAAAUUAAUAACCCUGUUAAGGAGAUACUUUAAGAGAAUUAGUCAAGAAUAUUAAAAUUGAAAAACAAGUAGCGGGAAGAAAUAAAAAAAAUAAAAAGAUUUAAUGGAAUGAAAAGAAUACAAAGAUAUUUAAAGAUCUAUAUUAAUAAUAUUCAGGUAAUUUGGAUUAAAUCCUUUUAUACUUUUAACAAAAUAAUGAAUUAAAUACAAAAAUUGAUAUUAAAUAAAUUAAAGUAUAAUUGUCUUAUAAUAAUUACUAGAAUAAAUUUAAAAUAGAAAAGAAAAAAAAAAAUUUGACUUUAUUAACAAAGUCACAAAGAAUAUCCAAAAAUCUUAAUUACUAAUUAAAGUUAGACUGA